AUGCCGGAGGCUCCGCAAGUCACUUGGCUCCAGCUUGCGGUGCCAGAGCGCGCAGCAUGGGAGCAGGUGCCGCAGAAAUGUGCUUCCACGGCCCUUGAGUCAGCGGUGCAGCAAGCGUCGCCCGAUGAUUUGAGAGCGACACUGAAGGACCUUCCACCCGGCGACCGAGCCAAGCUGCAAAAGGUGUUGGCGGCAAUGCCUAGAGGCGACGUCGCUGCCGGUCCGGUGGACUGCAGCGGUAUCACAGUAGUUGCCAAGGAUGCCCUAGGCUUGAAGCCCCAGCCGGCGCGGCCGAAGUUCGCCGGGGCGCUGGCCCAGAUCUUCGUGCGCUCCGCGCCGUUUGGAGGAUCAGACAAAAGCUCCAAUGGACACCGGUAUGACUCCGUGCCCUUUGCGAAUGGCAUGAUUGAUGCCGGCAUGAGCUGCCAGCUCAUUCACUAUACGCACGAGGAGCACGACAAAUUCUUUGAGCUUUGCAAAAAGUUCAAUUUUAUCAUCGUCAGAUGUAACCCGGGCCAGAUCAAGGCAGAUGGAGGUGAUCAACAGAAGUUCGAUGAUGGGAUGCGCAGCAUCAGGAAACUGGGCAUCCAAGUUUGGCCGUCUCCUGAUGUGAUGGAGAAGAUGGGCGCCAAGGACGCUUUGUGCAAGGUGGCGCACAUGAGCAUUGGCCUGCCGGACACCCUGGCGUAUUACAGUGCCGAGGAGUUUGCUGCGGGGUUUAAGAAGACCAUGGCCUUCCAGCCCCGCGUCAUCAAGCAGAACCGGGGCUCCUCAGGCGAGGGCAUCUGGAUCGUCAAGCUGAAGGACUCCAAGUACUGCGCGGAGUACGGCCAGCGCUGUGUGGAGGAUACGGAGGUGUUGAGCCUUAUGGAGGCCAAUGACAACCAUGAGGAGGAGCACACGGUGGCGGAGUUCCUGGAGUUCUGCGCCUUCGGGCGCACGGCCAAGUCGGGUUUGUGGAGCUCCAAGGGCGUGGGGAAGUACCUGGAGGGCGGCAAAGCCGCGGGCGGGCAGCUGGUGGACCAGCGCUUUUGCCCCCGCAUUGUCGAAGGCGAGCUUCGAUACAAUUUGAUCGUGGACGCCUUGGUGGGGAUCAUCCACAAGAAGCCCAAGGAGGGUGGCAUUUCAGCUGUCGGAGGUACCGGCUCUGUGUACACUUACUAUGGUCCAGAGGAGGCAAAGUUUUCCUCAUUGACCAACAAUUUCCUGAACAAGGACCUGCCCCUGGUGAUGCCGGCCUUGGAUCUUCCCGAGGAGCCAGUGCCGCUAUGGUGGACCACCGACUUCAUUAACUCCUCCCCGGAAGGCACCAGUGCGGAGGACGAGAAGUGGAUCGUCGGGGAGUUCAACUGCUCCUGCGUGGGCAUCUCCCGGUGCCUUGCUGCCUACUGCAAGGAGGAUACCCCCAACGCGAGCUACCAAGACAUCUCCCCGGAGGAUAAGGCAGAAGCUGAGAGAUACGGCCAGCUGAUGGGAGAAAAGGCGCUAAAAAUUCUGAGCAAGUAG